AUGGCUACUAAGGAGUUAUCGAUGAAGCUCCUGGUUGAUACCAAGGCUCAGAAAGUCUGCUUUGCCGAAGCUGACAAUGAAGUCGUCGAGUUCCUGUCCAGCCUCCUAUGCCUACCGAUGAGCACCGUCAUCAACCUGCUAACCAAAGAGCGUAUGGUUGGCAGCAUUGGGAAUGUCCUUGAUAGCCUGGAGACGCUUGAUGCCAAGUAUAUAUACUCAGGCCAGGGCAAGGAGCCCUUCAUCAGCCCUGCAAUUUCCCCCGCUAUGCUCUCUCCUUUGCAACAGCUACUGGGGGAUGCACAAUUCAGUGCUAGUAGCAGCUUCUUCACCUGUAAUGGACUAAGAAUCGGCUACACAAACUCUAGCUGUGGGUAUUUUUCAGUUGCUAAAGGCAGCAAAUGCCCAAGUUGCUCCAGCGGAAUGAACAUUGCUAUGCCGCAUGUCAAAACCGAGGGGUUUGUGGUUGGGACGGCCACAUAUACAGUCAAGGAUGAUCUCUCAAUGAUCCCUGCGUCCAGCGUGGCAAGCGUUACCUUGCUCGCGCAGUGUGGUGUCAAGGACCUGAGCAUGCUGCAAGAAAAAAUGGUGAAAAUUGGCAAGGAAGAGGCGCUGGACAUACUCCAUGCUUCUCUGAAGUCCAAGACCGUCCUGACUGAUGUCUUCCUUCAGUCAAGAAAAGCUCGUUGCAAGAAGGAAACUGUUGCCUAG